AAAAAGCUUACUUACUUCUCAAUCCAUAACCAACACACUACAAAGAUGCCUCCUAAUCACUUUCUUUCCCUUUUCCUUCUGUUCCUCUUGAAUGGCCACAUCAUUGGAGCAAGAGAUUUAAAGUUCGAACAACGAGAUCAGAAACAAGUGGAAUGGCACAAAGCUACAUCAGUGUCCAACGACGAGUCUUACGGUCAAGGGUAUAUAACGUUAACUCCAGAAUCCACUGAACCUAAUUAUAUAGCUUCAUACACUGCUAAGAAACACAACCAUCACCAUGAAAAGCUCCACCAGCCUUACACAACCUACGAUUCCAAUGCACCUUACAUAGCUGGGUACACUACUAGUUCCCAUGUGACCCAUAAUCAUCCCAAUUACAUUGCAGGGUAUAGGACUAAAACCCAUGAUUCAAAUGCACCUUACAUAGCUGAGUACUCCCAUGUGACCCAUAAUCAACCCAAUUACAUUUCAGGGUAUAGGACUAAAACCCAUGAUUCAAAUGCACCUUACAUAGCUGAGUACUCCCAUGUGACCCAUAAUCAACCCAAUUACAUUUCAGGGUAUAGGACUAAAACCCAUGAUUCAAAUGCACCUUACAUAGCUGGGUACUCAACAACUAGUAGCCCUGUCACCAAAAAUGACCCAAAUUACAUUUCUGCUUAUAAGACUAAAACCUCACAUCAAGCUUACAUUACUGCCUAUGGUUCCAAGAAAGCUCCAAAUGAGUCAUCCAAUGAUGAUAUCACUGAACCUUACCUAACCCAAUAUGGUGAUUCUAGUCCCAAAGAUGAGCCAAAUUACAUUGCUAGCUACAAGGCUCAAACCUCUGCUUCCGUUGCCCCUUAUGUUGGGCACACACAUCAAGCUUACAUUACUUCUCACGAUGAUACCACUGAACCUUACAUAACCCAAUAUGGUAGAACUGGUCCUCCCAAAAUAGCCCCAAAAGAGUCUUCCAAAGAGGACCACACAGAGGCUUUCAAAACAGGUUUUUUGGGCAUAGAUGAUCUUCAUGUUGGGAAUGUGAUGACCCUCCAAUUUCCCAUCCAAGAGAUUCCAAACUACCUUCCAAGGAAAGAGGCUGAUUCCAUUCCAUUCUCAACCUCACAACUCCCGAGUGUCCUUCAACUCUUCUCAAUCCCCGAAGAUUCUCCCGAGGCUAAUGCCAUGAGCGGCACACUUGAUCAGUGUGAAGCAGAACCCAUCAAUGGGGAGACCAAGACUUGUGCUACUUCUCUAGAGUCCAUGCUUGAGUUCGUUGGUACAAUCCUCGGAUCAGAGGUUAAGUACAACAUUCUCACAACUAGCUACCCCAAAACCCCAAGUGACUCUCUACAAAAGUACACCAUUUUAGAAAUAUCCGAAGAUAUCAAUGCUCCUAAAUGGGUGGCAUGUCACCCCCAACCUUACCCCUAUGCAGUUUACUAUUGCCACUUUAUAUCAACAGGGACUAAGGUGUUCAAGGUCUCAUUGGGUAGUGAGAAUGGUAACAAAAUUGAAGCUCUUGGAGUUUGCCAUUUGGACACAUCUGAAUGGAGCCCAGAUCACAUUAUAUUCAAGCAACUUGGAAUCAAGCCUGGGAAGGCUCCGGUGUGCCACUUCUUCCCUGUAACACAUCUUAUGUGGGUUCCUCAAACUUCACAAGCCACCAACUGAAGUAGCGAAUUUCCUAAGUGUGUGUAAUAAAGGUCAAUCUCAGUGUAGUUUGAUGACCAUGUACCUUUUGUUGACUUUAACUUUAUCUCUAUGUUAUUUUCCUUGUUUAAUGUACAAAUAAUGUGUUAGGCGGAAAAACUUCAAUGUUUAUGUGCCUGGAAAGGGUUGCGAAACAGGAACGGAAA